UUUUUUUACUCUUUCUACUUAGACUUACGGCUUCCUCUCUCCUAUUCCUCACUAAUACUAAAAUAAUUCUUCUCUUUGGCACAAUUUUCUAUAUUUUCAGGCUCAAGCAAAAGGUCCUUACGAUUUUGAAGCAAAUGAAAAUAUUACUCAGAUUGAAAUGAACGAAGAUGUAAAUACAGAUACUGAUGACAAAUGUAUUAUAUUUAAUGAAAAAGUCAUGCUAGAAACAAUGAACUCUGGAUUUAAAAUAAGCUGUACUGAAGUUUACAAAAACGUUGAAAAACAAAGACAUUUACCAAUAACCGAAGAUGGGAAGAAAAAAACCGACGAAAAUAUAAGGUUUUUAAAACACAUAUUGAAAUGGUGCAUGCCAUCAGUGGUAAUCUGGUCAAAUCUAUUAUUACAUCCAAAUGUACAUGUGCAACGAUCGAAUGCCCAAUCUGAGCGUGCAAUGGGUAUAGCGAAAAUCGUUCAUUUGGGUGGAAUUGUUCAAGGUCGAAUUGAUGCUGUAUUAGAUACUUUAAUAACAAA